AGUCCAGUAGUUAGAGUCGUUGUUUUUGUCCUAGGAACGUCAAAAUGUCCCGUCUGUGUUACAUCCCAGCUAUUUUUUCUUAAACGUUGGAUGGAAGAUAUCAUAAAGAUAGAGUCGAACUUUGUUUUUUCCAAGAUAAGGUUUUAGCUUUUUCUAAUACUUUUUUUUAUUUUUUUUUUUUACUUUGUUUUUCCUUUACUUGUAACAGAAGAAAGAGGCCGUAUCUGGAAACGUCCGCUAAAGAUUACCCUGAAGUUUAAGGAGUGUUUCUGUUAAAGGUGGCAGCCAUGGUGUUGAUUCUGAGCAGGAGAAUAAUCAGCAGUAACUCAGGCCCCAAAGAAUCACCGGUGGUCAAACGCAAGGUUUUGCCACAUGAAUGCAAAACAGGCGAAAUCUUUGACUUCUGCUCCGGUGCGUCACAUUCAGAGGGAAUCCUUCAGGUGUUCAAUGAGUUCCGUGAAUGCCGCCUUUUUACUGAUGUGGUCAUCAGCGUGCAGGGCCGCGAGUUUCCCUGCCACCGUGCUGUCCUUUGUGCCUGCUCUUCCUACUUUAAAGCCAUGUUCUGCAAUGAUCACCGUGAGAGCCGGGAGAUGAUGGUUGAAAUCAACGGCAUUUUGGUCGAGGCAAUGGAGGCCUUCCUCAACUUUGUUUACACCGGCCGUGCCAAGAUCACCACUGAGAAUGUCCAGGCCCUCUUUGAAACUUCCAGUCUCUUCCAGAUCACCACACUGCGGGAUGCUUGUGCAAAGUUCCUAGAAGACCAGCUGGACCCAUGCAACUGUCUUGGCAUCCAGCGCUUUGCCGAUGCUCACUCCCUCAAGCAGCUUGCCAGCCGCUGCAAGAGUUACGCCCUGGAUAACUUCUCAGAGGUGUCACACCAUGAGGAGUUCCUUGACCUACGGGUUGAAGAGCUGAAAGACUAUAUCAGCAGAGAAGAUCUGUUCGUCACCAAGGAGGAGAUGGUGUUUGAGGCAGUGAUUAAAUGGGUGUAUCACAACAUGGACCAAAGGCGACCCAUCCUAAAGAGUUUGCUGCAGCACGUCCGCUUGCCCCUGCUGCACCCCAAUUAUUUCGUCCAGACAGUGGAGGGAGAUGAACUCAUCCAGAAUGCUCCUGAGUGCUACCAGCUUCUUCACGAGGCCCGGCGCUACCAUGUGCUUGGAAACGAAAUGAUGUCACCCAGAACCCGUCCACGCAGGUCGACUGGCUACUCAGAGGUGAUUGUUGUGGUUGGGGGUUGUGAGCGAGUGGGGGGCUUCAACCUGCCCUACAAUGAUUGCUAUGAUCCAGUCACUGGAGAAUGGAAAUCGCUUUCAAAACUGCCUGAGUUCACCAAGUCAGAGUAUGCUGUCUGUGCCUUGCGCAAUGACAUCUUGGUGUCUGGAGGUCGCAUCAACAGCAGGGAUGUGUGGUUGUACAACUCCCAGCUCAACCUGUGGAUCAAAGUGGCUUCUCUUGUCAAAGGCCGCUGGAGACACAAGAUGGGUGUCCUACUGGGCAAGGUCUAUGCCGUGGGUGGCUAUGACGGGCAGAGCCGCCUGAGCAGUGUGGAGUGCUACGAUUCCUUCUCAAACCGCUGGACAGAAGUCGCUCCAAUGAAAGAGGCAGUCAGUUCUCCAGCUGUGGCCAGCUGCAGCGGGAAGCUCUAUGUUAUCGGAGGAGGGCCGGACGAUGAAACCUGUUCAGACAAGGUUCAGCGCUACGAUCCAGAUACAGACACAUGGUUACUACGGGCUAGCAUCCCCAUCGCUAAGCGCUGUAUCACAGCGGUGUCCCUCAACAACAUGAUCUAUGUCUGCGGUGGCCUUACCAAGUCCAUUUACUGCUACGACCCAAUACAAGACAACUGGAUGCAUGUGUGCCACACCUUUGCCAAACAGGAGAGUUGUGGCAUGUCGGUGGUUAACGGGAAGAUCUACAUCCUCGGUGGCCAAGGGGAGAAUGGUGAAGCCACAGAUACAAUCAUAUGCUACGACCCCUCAACAGGCUUGAUGACAGGAGAGCGAGGCAUGCCGCGGCCCAUCUGCUACCAUGGAUGUGUAACCAUCCACCGCUAUUGUGACAAAAACAAGCCAUGACCCUAAACACAGAAACGCAGAUAAGCAACAUGCGAGGACACACUAAGUUAGCCAAACUCUUCAUGUAUUUCCCAUAGACACUCAUUUCUUUUAAACAGGAGACAUGUUCAUUAGUUCAAGAUCAAGGGAACAGCGAGCUAAUUUAUUUCUGCCCAUCAUUUUGUAGCAGUACUCAUUGCGGUGCUGGGAAUCUUUUGGUUUUUGUACAAAACAGAAGUGAAAUGCUGAUCAGGAACAAAUUUUAGAUAACACACUCUAAAAUAGACCCUACUUAACUUGGCUGCAGUUUUUUUUUAUAUACAGCAAAGCAGAUCCCAGUACUGAUUACAAGAAUGUCUUUGAAAAAAGCCCUUUAUAAUAUUCUUAUUCAUUGAUUUGUAAAUGAGCUGAAAUGUGGGCAACAGUCAACCAGCUGUGCUGCCACAAUGUCAGUUGUCCUAAACGUGUACUGCCCUGACCCUUCAAAGAAGCGCUAAAGAACAGUUGUAGAAAAAUAAAAAACAGGUGUCACUGGUAGAUCUGCUCUACUGGUUCUGUUCGUUUCCUCACAAGUUCCCAUUUCACACGCUUGUUUCCCCUCACCUGUUCCACAGUGUCAUCACCUCAAUUUGUUUUCUACAUUACUUGUUGUGUUCUCCAUUGCAAUGAUUCAUUGAUUCAUUGAUUUCUCAUGUUUUUAUAUGUCUUUAAUUUAUACUUGUUUUUUGGUUCUUUUUUUAAUUUUUUUUUUUAUAUAAAAGCAUGUCAUAUUAUUUACAUCACUGAUGUGUCAGAUUAGUUUUACUGUCAGCUCAUUGGUGAACGGGGCAUGUGGGUGGUUUUGUUAGUUAAAAACCUUUGUAGAUCAAACUCGAGGAUCAAUCUAAAUAUCUGAUGUGCGUGUAUGAUAAGUAUGGAUGUUUGACUUGUAUGACUCAACCCGGAUGAGUUGGAGCCCAGCAUUUGUCAUCACAGUUGAGGCGUAAGCACACCACCACUGCUUGCUCUUAUUUGAGGCUGGCACCUCCCACUUAAGCAUUUACAUGCAAAGAUGUCACUUGAGGUAGCCAUGACUGCAUUUGUCUGUAUGUAUGUUUACUGGUUGGUGAAGGUGUGCAGCAAUAGUAUAGCUCACACGCAGGGUUAAGAGUUCAUGCCAAGGAUUUAUGACUUUGUGGUUCACAAUCUGUAAGCUUUUACUACAAGUUUGUGUUGAUAGACAAGAGAAAUUGCUGUGAAUAUAACUUUAACAUUUUCUUUUUUUAUAUGUAAAUGAAUUUCUUUCUGUGUUGCAUGUUGUUUUUCUAUAACUAAGAGCCCCAAUCGUGCACUUUGACAAAAUUCAGAGAGACAGUGAUUUCUCUUUCUUAACGGCUCUUGGCUUUCGUGUAAAAUGCAUCAGACACAGUAAAAUGGUCAUGAGUUUUUACAAAUAUAAAACAACCUUUUUCAGAAUGACAACAAUCUAUGCAUUUAUUGCCAUUUAGAAAUGCUCAACUUACUGCAAGGAUAACAAAGGUUAGGCAUACAUUUAUCUUAGAAAAUCAACAAAACUGGUGGGGUUAUUUCUCUGUAUUCAUCAGACAUGCUUCGAGACCGCUUAACUCAGUGUCGGGCCUUGAAAUGAUGACCCUUUUGUUUAUUUUCCAAUCUACGCAUCAUUAUUUUUAUUUAGUACCAUGCUAACUCAGAAGGCCAACUGGAAGGGUUAAAGGCGGAACAGAAUAGGAGUAAAAUAGUGAGAUCCGGAAUCUGAGAUUUUACUAGGUAUUCACCUUAAAAUGUGCAAACAAUGUCCUGUUAUCCUGAUUUAUUGCUUUUGCAAUUGACUUUCAUUUAUUGUCUGCUUGUGAUGAGCCUAUUUACUGUCAUUUUGUUUAAUCAGAUAUUUUUUUUCUAUUUGCUAGGUGUGGAUUUGUGUGUUGUUGAGACAUGGUCAUUCCAAAAGGUUAAAUGGUAAAUAGAAAAUGCUGACUGGAAGAACUGAGCGAAAAGAAAGGUAGAUUAACCUUUCGUUAUAAAUUCAAAUAUCAACCAUAGUUAAUCUGAUCUUGUCCCAGUUGCUAUUUGUUGGAAAAUAAUUCACCGUGCCUGCAUGUAAGAUGGAAGCCUUUACGUGUUAAAUCCUGUUCAGUGUGCCUUAAUAAACAACAACAAAAAAAUCAUAACAGGGCUGUUUAUCCAGGCCUUUUUGAUAUAAAUGUUUAUUGUAUGCAUGAUGUAAGGAAGAGAACAAACUGCAAUAUGUUGUAAUGUAAUGGUUGUAAGAGGAACAUCAAUAAACUCUCUGUAUUCAUUA